UGAGAUCUUCUUGGAGUUGGAUACUGAUAGUGAUACUGCUUGUAACAAAAGUGAACGAGCCAAGUAGCAUUUGACAAAAACGGUGCGUUUUGGUGAGACUCUAUUCUUUCCUCUCUGCUCUGUAGUACUGAUACGCCGUUCCCAAUUUCCGUUUCGCGCCGCCACACCGGCAUCCACCGCUAGCCUUUAGCUUUAUCUUUUGCAGGGAAAUGGGUUUGUGGACAUUACUUGAGGGGUUCCUGCUUCUUGCAAAUGCACUAGCGAUAUUAAAUGAGGACCGAUUUCUGGCACCUAGAGGAUGGGGCUUAUCUGAUUUUUCAAGUGGCAGGACAAAAUCUUUCAAAGGCCAGCUCAUAGGUCUUAUUUACGCAACUCAGUACCUAAGAGUUCCUCUCAUACUUCUCAAUUCCAUCUGCAUCAUUUUGAAAUUUGUUUCUGGAUAAUGCCUAGCAAGGUUCGGGUUACCACUAGAUGAUUUCAAGAAGUUGCUCCUGCGUAGAACAAUUAAUUUGACAAAUUCUAUUUUAGAGAGAGCCUCCAUUACAAGUGUUUGUCUUAGUUUGGGAUAUUGGUCAAUUGAUUGUUAUUUAUUGCCCUAAAAUCAUGUUUACCAUUGUGACAUCAAUAGUAAGAAAUGAAAAUCAUUGUGACAUUAGUUGGGUGGGUGUUGUAUUCAAUUUCUGAAGAAUCAAUUAUCAUCUGCCAAUUUUCCUUAUGUAAACUCUUGAUCUAUUUUUUUAAUAGAAUUUACCAAUUUUUGGAUUGGUGAUA